AUGCAAAGAGAGCAGAAGCUAAAGUUGAGGGCUGAAGCGGGGUCCGUAGACGGGAUUUUGGGUGGAGAUGGAGCAGUGGCGUAUGCUGCCAAGCAUAGAGGCUACUCGAGCUCAGAGAAGGGCCCGGGAAGCUCAAACGAGCAGGGAAGAAGCUCGGAGGGCAGAGGCGAGAGCUCAAACCCGUCAACGUGCUAUUCUGGCAAUGUGGGCCAUUUGAAGGCAAAGUGCAGGUUGCGCGAUGCCGAGUGCCGCAAGUGCGGCAAGACGGGCCACACAGAGGCAGUGUGUAGGCAGAGUGCGCGCGCAAGUGGCCGCGCAGAAGAGAGAGAGUCUGCCGGGGAUGCAAACGGGGUAGCCUUUACGGCGUGGGGCGACGACGGGGAUGUGCGCAAAGGGGUGUGGAUUGUCGAUUCGGGCAGCACCCAGCAUGUCACGGCCGAUCGGAGCCAGUUCACGAGCUACAAAGAGCUUGUGCGUGAAGAGAAGAUUUUCGGGAUUUGUGUCAAGCGUGGAGGACUGUGGGAGAUUGAGACCGUGGGGAAGCAGAGGGCAUUCCUUGCGAGGGGUCCGGUCAAGGGGAACAGGGUGUGCGCUACGGCAAAGAGGCCGGUAAGAGCGGAAAGCGUGGUGAAAAAGACGGUGAAGGUCGUGGAGGUCGACCUAGACGAGUCGGACGACGAUAAUUGGGGCGUCGAACGAGAGUGGGAAACUUUUGUGGGGGCGGACGAAGGGCCGCGCACAGGUUCAAAAAUGGUCGGAAGAGGGGCGGAGUUUGAAGUGAUGCGCGAAGAGGUCGCGCACGCGCCCGCGACGGACCGCGGCCGCGUCGCGCGCACAGAUACAAAAGUGGGCCAAUGUGGGCCGAUUGUGGAAGUUGUGCGCGAACUUGUGGAGGAGUCCGAGGAGAGCGGAAAGGGCAAGGAGACCCUAGGGACGGCGGUAGAGAGUGAGCCCGGCGAUGUGGAACAGGUACAGGAGAAGCCUGUAGUGGAGUCCCAAGACUUGGGAAGAUAUCCCGCGAGAGUGCAACGGGAGCCCGCCGAGUGGUAUUGGGCAAAUGUGGGAGCAGCAACGGAAGCCGUGGGAGCCGAAGAGCCGGAGCACGGAGUGGAGAAGACGUCGCCGGAGAAAAGCGACGAUGGCGAGAGUGGAGGCGUGUGGAUGACGCUUAAGGCGAAGAAGACAGCCCGCAAGAGGAGCGUGACGAGUUAG